CAAUUACCUUCUCCCCACCGCGGAGGGAUUCACGUCAUCGUCUUCGAGACUUCGACUCUCGACUCUCCCGGCGACGGCGACGGCGCCGCCGCCGCCGCCGCCGCGUACGAGUCCCGUGACGUGCUGAGCCCCCCCCUCCGGCUCGAUCGGCUCUCUUCCCCGACCCGAUCCACAGGGGGAGUCCGGCGUGAGAGAGGGGGAAACCCGGACGCGACCCGGCCUCGCCGCCAAUCGUGGCCAGGAAUUAGGGUUGGGUCCGUGUCGGGCUCGGGACUCCUGCCGUGCCGCUGUCUGACAAGUGACAACCCCAACACCGUCCCGGCUGCGGUCUCCUAUCCUCCCCUCUCCCUCUAAAACAUGCCUCGCAAGAAGCCAACUUCGCUUUCGCCGGGAACAUCCCGGUUUCCUCCAAGCCCUGGAAUCUACAAGUUUCGACCGGCUAUCCUUUGGGACUCCGCGAGGCACAACAGAUUCAGCGCACGCAACAGAUUCAGCGUACUAGAAGCCAUCAGCGACGAGGACGACGAUUCGUUGACGGAGCGAGACUCCACCACUUCAGACAGCUGUGGCGAGGACAAUUCGCGGAAAGACCCACCGCUGAUGGAGGAUGGAGAGAUUGUGAAUCCCUUGGUGAGGACAUUGCUCGAGCUGUUCAGCGAGGAACAAAUUUCUGAAAUCCCACUCAUGGAAACAUAUAUUCGCAGAUGUGGUAUCAGUGAAGGAAUGGGAUCUCAUCUUAUUGAAGAGAAUAACUUUCUCUUUGGAGCUUUCACUUCUAUAGUGGCUUGUCCAUGGAUUAAAAAAGAUACAAUACUGCUUUCCAGCAUACUUCUCCGUUUAUCAGAAAUAUGGAACCAAUCAGAAUGGGUGACAAAUCUAUUGGACUUUUUUGAAGAUGCUCAGUUCAGGACAUCUGUGUACAAUGUUGUUGCAUUUUUCGAGGAUCAGCUCACAAUGUCCACGACAGAAAAUUCUAAUGGAAUCGACCAUAAGGAGAAAUUAAGCUAUUCAACUUUGUUUGCCCUUCUUCCACUGUUACUUCCCUUACUCUUAAAGCUUCUUCAGUAUGUGCAUUCACUUUGGACGGAUGAAGUUGCUUCUAACGUAUCAGAAAAACUUGAAGGAGCUAAAUUUAUUAUACAAGCUGAGAAGCCAUUUGGUAUUAUUGAAGAAACUACUGAAAUGCUAGAUAUGAAUGAGGAAGAGUUGCUGGAAAAUGAGAUAAGGAAGUGGCUAAAAAAGAUCCGCCAAACUGGGUAUAAUGUCAUAGGUAUGUGUGUGUGUCUUGAGGGAGCAUUUUAUAAACUUUUGGACAACAUUUCUGUUUGUGGUGCCUUACUGAAGGACCUAGAAGUAAUGGAGUUCCGUCAUUUGACUAUGCUUAUUAAACAUACAAUUGUUCCGUUGGUGAAAAAUUGUCCUGCUGAACUUUGGCCGAAGUGGAUAGAUAUGAUUUUACAGCCAGUGUUUCACUACUGUGAUGAUACAUUAGAUGGUUCAUGGUGCAGUUUUUUGUACAAGGAAACAAUGCUCGUUCCUGAUAAAUUCUGUCAUAUUUCUUUCACGGAAGAAAAGAUUGAGGAAUUAGGAAAGGAUCAUCUUUUUGAGGUGACUCGUGAAAUAUCAUAUAUGCUUGCUGUAAUGGCACUGCCUGAAUUAAAUGGUGGAAUAGCAAAUGAGCAUCAAUCUAUUGUCAGCAUAGUAGAAACAUCUGCAGAUUUGGAAUCUACUUGUUCAAGCUCCCUUGUUGGGUAUCUCUUAUACCAUGAUGAUCUUAGACCUUCAAUACUAAGGCUAAUCAAUAAUAUUAUUGGCUAUUGGAAAGAUAGUGAAGCAAGGAUUAAAGUUGUGUCAUUUUGUCAUAUGCUGAUCCAACUUGCUAUUUCUACGCACAAUGAUAAACUUAUAUCUUUUGUUCAAGAUAAUUUAAUUCCAAUGGUUGUCCGAUGCUUAAUAUUUGAGCCAAUAUCAAACAAUAAUGAUCUUCUUCUUCUUUGUGAAGAUGCAUACCGCUGCAUACAAAGAGAGGAAUCAGUAAGUGAAGGUCAACAUGAUGGAAAUAGUGCAGAAAUAUUUGAAAACUGGUUGUCAAAGCAAAUGAUAGUGGCUCAUUAUGAACACUCACCUCCUGAUGAACUCGAAGACUUUGUGUGCAUCUGGGAGAUUGAAGAAGAAUUUACUGCUUAUCUUCACACCUAUACUGAAAUGUUGCAUAAAGUGGAUGGAAUCGGUGAUACAAUAGAGGAUGUUUAUCUUAGGUGUCCUAUCCCAUUUGUGUCCAAGCAUGACAAUAAUUGUUGUCCAAUUUCUAAUUCAUGGGCCAUGUCAUCUAUGCUGUCACGUAAAAUAACUUCAAUGUAUUGCAAGAGAGAGACUGAACAAAAAUUCAAGUUUCUUUGUAAACUUAUCACAUUUAAACCCUACAUUAAGUGUUCUGGUUAUGAUGAGAGUGUGCAAGAGCUUGUGGAUGACGAUUCAGAGGUUUGGUCUGCACUUCCUGGAUGUUGUAGGCAGGAGACACUUGAGCUCUUUUGUAGAAUAUUAGAUCCCUGGGAGCCUCAAUUCCAUCCUCUGAUACGUGAGGAUGACAAGGAAAUGCUACGUGAAAUAGCUUACCUAUUAACUUCCCGGGAAGAUAUUCAUUGUGUGCAGUCCUUCCAGCCUGUCUCCAGCGACUUUUUGCUGCAUUUACAACCUUAUGCCCAGAAUUAUAUUGAGGUCAAGAACGCAAGUUCUGGGUAUGACAGGGUAAAAGAACAAAUAAGGUUGCAUGAAGCAUUUGAUACACAUUUGGCCUCUGGUGCAUUGGAUGAUCAUGUUCGUCAGAUUAGUUCUUCAAAGGAUAAUUUCGUGAAGAUUAUGCUUGAUGAUGAUACUUUGCAUAGUCAGUUUAUAGAUCUGGAUUAUGAUCUCCUGAAAUUGUCACAUGAGCGACGAGCUAAACUUCUUAGUAAACAAGAUCAAUUAUGCUUAUAUUACAAACACAUGAAAUGUGCUGUCGUAAAUUUGCAGCAUAGAGAUAGACUUGAAAGUUUGAUAUGUGAGCUCGAGUCAGAAGGUUUCUUCCGUGUGGAUGAUGAUUCUAUUGAAUGGGAAAAGGAACACUUUUCAGAACUUGUGGACGAAUUCAAUGAGCAUAUUUUUGCUGGGAUUCACCUUCCAAAAUAUUAUGUUAUUCGUGGAGUUAUGGAUUAUCGGGAAAUGUUACAUAUGAAGGAUAGCACUUGGGAUGAUGCUUUCACAGUGGUUGUUGGUGGAGCAUUCUGUAGAUGGAUGGAAGAUCGUGAUCUGUUUUGGAUGGAGACAAGAUACUAUAGGCAUCGUUACUAUGACAUCAUUCAAGAGCCAGUAAAAAUGAUAUGGAGGACUACAGGUGAUGAGAAUGAGAUGACAGUUGGACACACUACAAGCAGGAUUAUAGAUGGCAACGGAGAAUUCACCGCCGGAAUGAACUAGACUUGGCUCAAGACUGCUGCAACACGAAAUCAAGGAGUACCUGUCUGUCAAUCUUCUAGGACUCUAGGGCGACAAUAGUAGGCAUACAAAGUUAUCAACCAAACCUCCAUGGUUCCAGUCUCGCACACCAAGUUUUGUGAUCACCUGGAAUUAAGCAGAGCUGGAUGCUUUUGAUUAAUCAAGUCCACCUGUACCACAAACACACUUGCACAUGUGUAUAUAUCCUAAUUUUCAUCAUGUUACCAGGCUACAUUUUGACAUAUACAGACACACCCACAACGUGCAAAAAAGUUCAAGCAACAGACAUUGCCAUGA